GAUGAGAAGAUAGAAAUCAGUGCAUCUGUCCAUUUUUUCCUCUUGUAGAUCCACGUUCUCCUGCAGAACUGAUCUACCAGCCGGAGAGCCCCUUAAAAACGCUACUUUUAUUAGUAGAUUAGGUAAGGUGUCUGUUGACCAUGAAAAUCCUGCAAAUCCUUGGUCUCCUGCAGCUGCUUUCUCCUGCUCUUACACUGACACAGCCAGUAAAUGACUACUGGGGAGAGUUUGGGGCAUAUGGCCCCUGCAGCCGUACCUGCGGCACCGGAGUGGCAAUGAGAAUUAGGAGAUGUAUUACUUCAAGGACAGAUGGAGGUCACAACUGUGUGGGAUCCUCCAAAUCGUUCCUCACCUGCAAUACACAAGCUUGCCCUGUUGGAUCAAGAGAUUUCCGGGAGGAGCAGUGUUCUGAAUUUGACAGGAUGGACUUUCAAGGAAAACGUCACUCAUGGGUGCCUUAUUAUGGAGCUUCCAACCUAUGUGAACUAAAUUGUGUGCCAGUGGGACAGAACUUUUUCUACCGCCACCGGCCCAAAGUGGUAGACGGGACUCCCUGCUAUGUGGGGCGCACUGACAUCUGUGUGGAUGGAGUCUGUCGAUUAUUGGUCCAUGGAGAGUUCAUGGGUUUGGAUAACGACACAGUUAUAGUUGAAUCAUCUGCUCCUGUUGCUGUUUCCCCCAAUCCAAGAGAAACACACAUGUACAUGUACAGGGCCGGAGUUUACGGAGAGUGCUCUGCGUCUUGUGAUGGAGGCAUGCAGUACCGCUCUGUGGAGUGUUUGGUUCAGGAUCCAUCGAACCCCCGUGUGGUGGAUGAGUCUUACUGCAUUGCUCAACGCCUUCAGAGGCCACAGAGUCAGCAGGCUUGCAAUAUGCAUCCUUGUGCUGCAGCAGAAUACAGCGUCUCCAGCUUUAGUGUGUGUUCGGUGACCUGUGGGGAGGGGCAGCAGACGAGGGAGGUGGUCUGUGUUGGAUCCAGAGGGGAACACCUCCCUGACAACGCUUGCAGAGGACUGGCCCGCCCUGCUUCUGUUCAGACCUGCCGUCGUCCUGCCUGUCACAGGCACAUUUCCUGGCAUGUGACUGAGUUUGGACUUUGUUCUAGAAGCUGUGGUGGUGGUGUUAGAGAGAGGAAGAUUGGUUGUUUUGAUACGGAUCUGAAUGUCUUCCCUGAGGAUCAAUGUGGAUUGGAUAGAAAACCCAUUUCUGUCGAAACAUGCAAUUCACAGCCCUGUGAUAGAGCACAAUUGGUUCCAAGCAUUCAGAACUCAUCAGAAGGUAGAAGCACCAUCAGGUUUGUUCCCCAUGUUCCAGGGGAACAGUCAGGUCCUCCUUGUAUGCAGUCAUCAUAUGGAUGCUGUCCUGACGGACAUACACCAGCGACUGGACCCAGGAACCAUGGCUGCACACUAGAGGACUGCAUUAAUAGCAGAUUUGGCUGUUGCUUAGAUGGAGUGACACCAGCUCGAGGAUUCGGAAUGGCUGGGUGUCCUGAAUACCAAACUCCUGGGGUUUAUGAGAGCAACUCUGUUCAUUCCUCUUCUCCCAUUGCUGGCGUUCCACGGCCAAGAGAAACCCUGACGUAUGUCUACAUCGCCGGAGCCUACGGGGAGUGCUCUGCCACCUGCAAUGGGGGUGUGCAAUACCGCAGUGUAGAUUGUAUGGUUCAGGACGCAUCCAAUCCAAGAUUGGUGGACGAGUCUCACUGCAUUGCCCUGCGUCUCCAGAGGCCCGAGAGUCAGCAGCCUUGCAACAUGCAUCCUUGUGCUGCUGCAGAGUACAGUGUAUCCAGCUUCAGUGUGUGCUCAGUGACCUGUGGAGAAGGCCUGCAGACAAGGGAGGUGGUCUGCGUUGGACUGAGAGGUGAACACCUCCCUGACCAUGCAUGCAGAGGACUGCCUCGACCCGCUGCUGUUCAGACCUGCCGCCGACCUGCCUGUUAUAGGCAUAUUUCCUGGCAUGUCACCGAGUUUGGGCUUUGCACAAGAAGUUGUGGAGGUGGCGUGAGAGAGAGGAAGGUUGGUUGCUUUGAUACAGAUCUCAACCCCUACCCAGAGGACCAAUGCGAAGCAGUUAGUAGACCUCUUUCUGUGGAGUCAUGCAACGUGCAACCCUGUCCAGCAGUGCAAAUGGUUCCAAGUGUUCAAAAUCCAGGGGCUGGAGGAAGCCCAAGAAGAUUUGUGCCACAUGUUCCAGAUCCUUUGGUUUUGAGGCCAGAGACACACAGAGAGCUUCCUCCUUACCCUCCUGUGUAUGGACCUCAUUGUGCACAAUCUUUUUAUGGCUGCUGUCCUGAUGGCCAUACCUCUGCGACUGGACCCAGGUAUCAGGGCUGCCAACAAAAUGACUGUAAUCAGAGCAGGUAUGGCUGCUGUUUGGAUGGAGUGACUCCAGCUCAGGGUGUUGGAAGGGCUGGAUGUCCUGCUAUUCAGACAACUGAGCUGCAUCCUGGCCCUACUGAUCCACCCACUCAAAACGUGUGCUUCUUGCCCCGUGAUGAGGGUCCUUGUGAUACUUGGAUGGUUCGAUUCACCUAUGACAAUAGCACUGGAAAAUGCAAGGAGUUCUGGUAUGGAGGCUGCCAAGGCAAUGCCAAUAACUUCAUAUCAAUGGAAGCUUGCAAGAAAGUGUGCGACGUUGUUGUAAGGGAGCCUGCACCUGCAAGAGAGGCGUCAAGAAGAGGGUCUCUUGGUAGCAUUGCAAGGGCAAGGGCUCAGCGCUCACGUCUUGAGCGUAGAGCAUGAAAAAAAGGAUUGUAAGAUGAAGUGCAUACUGUAUCUAUACCCAGGUACUUUUAACUAAAAAAAUAAUAGAAAUCAGUAAACACAACUUAAAUAGAGUUGGAAAAAUACAAAAAAACUUUGCAGUUAUCAUAGAAAAUGCUUUCUCAGUUAAAAAAGUACUAAGCUUUACGGUUUGUUUAGGAUUUUUUUUCCCCCCUGCUCUUAUUCCUUCUUUAUUUCUGCAGUGGUAACCAAACCCUUCACUAGCUAGCAUAAAUUAUAAUAAUACAGCUCAUUUAAUCUUGUCACUAGGUCAUUUUUAUGUAGCCACCAUCAGCUCUGUAUGAAUAUAGAUGUUUGUUUACAUGUAGGAGGAUGUUAAUUUGUUUAAAAAUGACUGCAUAGGCUUUACACUGAAUCUUCAAAAAGGGUUUAAAAAAAAACUUCUGGAUCCUGGUUCAUUUUCUCUGGAUUUUUUACUCUUUGUCUGAAAGGCUAUCUCAAGUCAGAGCUGGUGAGGGAUAAGUUCCAAUAUGGAUCUUAAUUUUAUGUUUUUCUAAAAUAGAUUACACCCCCCUAACAAUCAGGGCUAGUGUCUGUCUUUGCUAAAGUGAUAUUUGGUCCCCAGCAAGAAGAAGCGAUUUGGUUUAAAAGUGGAAGGCAUCAAACUCAAUGCUAGGCUGUUAUGUUUUUGAAAGCUGAAAUCAAGCACCAACCCCUCUUUUUUAGAGCUGUUUUCUCUUUUUUGAUAUAUGUGUACAUCAUACAUCUUAUCUGUCCAAAGUAUGAACACCAGACUCAAAAGACUGUCUAUGCUUUAGAUUUCGAUGCAGAGCAUGUUCUUGUCUUACGGAGCUGGCUCUACUGUGUUGAGUCAUGCAUCUAUGGACAUGCUUUUUUAGUAUUCCCGUUACCUAUAUAGACGUUGCUUAUUUUUUCUUAACCUUUUUUGAUCUUGCAAUUUCCUGAAUGGCUGGGAAUCUUAACUAAAAGUUCUAAGCAUUAACUUGUGAUUUUGUUGUUUUGAUAGAAACAUUAUUUUCAUAUGAAAAUGUGUUUCAAAGCCUUGAAUACUUAGUUAGCUUUGUUGUAGUAUAAAUGUGUUCAUUUAAAAUAGCAAAGAAAUAGCUACCAACUCUGUUUUUGCUUUAUAUCUUCCAUGUCUUUCAUAUUUUCGGUUUGGUUUCUCUUCAGUCUUACAUCUGUCUUUACUACUACUAUAGAAAUACAUGUGAAGAAACAGGAUUUAGUUUGUUGGUCACCUAAAAAAUUGUCUAUUUCUGUUUAAAAUCAACUUGAGACUGUCAAAAUAAAAGUGUUUUUCAUUGUAAAAUAAAUUACAUGAGCUGUCCUACUUGUCCUAAGGAGUAAAACCAGAACAAAGUUACUUACGUGACUUUGUUCAGAUUUUACAUUUCAUUUUUAUUUUGUGAUGUUGAUUUUUAUCAUUUCAUUAUUCAAAUAAAUAUCAGGCAGCAUCAAUAU